ACCAGCAGCUUAAUUUCCUUUGCAAGAAAAGUCACGAGAGGGUGGCGCUAGCAAGUGAGCAGUAGCACUACCGUCCGUACCUAAGCAUGUCGCCGGCGAGAGGUAGCUCGCCGGAGGUCGGCGGAGCCGACGCCGAGAAGCUGGCGGACGGCGGCGAGCGAGGCAGAGGCACGUGGAGGCACGCGGCGUUCCACGUGGCGACGACGAUCGCCACGCCGGCGGCCUACGCCCCUCUCCCGUUUGCUCUUGCCUCCCUUGGUUGGCCUCUUGGCGUUUGCAGCUUGGUCAUAGGAACACUGGUCACUUGGUGUUCUAGCCUGGUUGUUGCAUCACUGUGGCAAUGGAAUGGAGACAAGCACACCAGCUACCGGCAUCUUGCAAACAGCAUCUUUGGUCCUUGGGGUUACUGGUAUGUGUCGUUCUUCCAGCAAGUGGCGUCAAUUGGAAACAACAUCGCGAUCCAGAUUGCAGCUGGGAGCAGCCUCAAGGCCGUGUACAAGCACUACCACACAGCUGACGAUGGCGACAUGACUCUGCAGCAGUUCAUCAUUCUCUUCGGCGCAUUCGAACUGUUGCUCUCCCAGCUUCCUGACAUCCACUCACUCCGGUGGGUCAAUGCUGUCUGCACUGCUAGCACCAUUGGAUUUGCAGGGACAGCCAUUGGUGUCACCAUUUAUGAUGGGCAUCGGAUUGAUCGGAAGGACGUUGGUUACAGUCUGCAAGGAAGCACUGCAUCAAAGAUCUUCAGAGCUUUCAAUGCAUUGGGCACUAUAGCCUUCUCAUUUGGGGAUGCAAUGCUGCCUGAAAUUCAGAGCUCCCUGCGAGAACCGGUGAGGAUGAACAUGUACAAAGGCGUAUCAACAGCGUACUCGAUCAUUGUGAUGUCCUACUGGACCCUGGCAUUCAGUGGCUACUGGGCAUUUGGCUCUGGUGUCCAGCCCUACAUCCUGUCCUCCCUGACUGUUCCAAGAUGGACAAUUGUGAUGACAAAUCUGUUUGCAGUAAUUCAGAUCACUGGUUGCUUUCAGAUAUACUGCAGGCCAACAUUCGCGCAAUUUGAGCAGCAAGUUCAGGCGAAAGACGCAGGUUACAAAGCAAGGCUGUGGAGGCUGAUGUAUACCUCUGCUUACAUGGUGGUGAUCACCCUCAUCUCUGCAGCAAUGCCAUUCUUUGGGGACUUUGUGUCGAUCUGUGGAGCUGUGGGCUUCACGCCACUGGACUUUGUGCUGCCUGCCCUGGCAUUUCUGAAGGCUGGGAGAUUACCUGAAAGCCCAGUGCUGCGUGCUCCUGCGAAGGCGAUUGCCUCCGCCGUCGCCGUCUUGUUCUCCGUCGUCGGUGCUCUCGCAUGCAUCGGUGCCGUCAGGGCGAUCGCACUUGACGUCAAAACCUAUAAAUUCUUCCAUGACAUGUGAAGGUAGUUAGGUAUUACCUCUAUUUUAUGUUAUAAGAUGUUUUAGUUCUUCUUAGAUUCGUAUAGAUAUUAAUCUAAGUAGGACCAGAACAUCUUAUGAUAUAGAAUGGGUGGAGUAUGACAUAGAAUGGAUGGAGUAGUAUCAUGUUGGUGCUGAGAUGAGUUGUCUUAUAUGUUCAGUGGUUGAUGUGAUUUGAAGUGUGCUAUAUAGUAUAUGCAGACAACACUACAGGGAAAAAAUCCUCAAAUUUCAGUCUUCACACUUCAAGAAAUGGAUGCUGUCAGAUAUAUGGAUUCCAUCUUAAAGAAGAGAAACUAAAUAUUCAGGACACAUAAA